GUAUUUCAAAUUUCGGUAUGAUGUGAAUGUGAACGUUUAUAUUGUUAUUUACAGUGUGAGUGUAUUCAGUUGAAACUUGUACAAAAUUAUACUUUGAUGUGAUUUUUAACAAUUAUUGACAGAAGAAAUUCAUUAUUUAAAAUGGAAAAAAGUUUAGAAGUUACUGUUAACAUUUCGGAUUAUCUGUUAACACCCCUAUCGUGCUCAUCAUUUGUGAAUACGUUUUUUAAAGGCUUAUUGUACCAAAAGACUCAAAUUCCCUAUCCCUACGCAUGGUUAAAAUGUUCGAUAACAAGAAGACGAAACCGUGAAGAACCACUGGAGCUUAGGGGACCCGACCGUUUCAGAAUAGAAAAUCAGUAUAGAGUAGCUUCAAAACUUUAUGAUGGACUAGAAGAUGUACUCAACGAAUUAGCUAAUGAACUUCGUACGAAUACUGUGAAUGAGAUCUUGAUAUUAUUCGGAUCUACACCACUGACCCCUAAAGAAAUAUGUAGAAUCAAAAUACCUAACUUGGCAUUGGGACAUUUUGAACAAGUUCAUGUGAAAGAGGCUAUCAAACUUCAACAUAAUGCUUUGAGGCAAAUAUUUCUGUCAGAUCUUUGGAUGGAUUCAAUCGAUUCUAGUAUACCAUGCACUAAUAUCUACUUCUAUAUAACGAAACAUAGUGAUGAUGAAUCAUCAAAAUUCAAAGCCUGCAAUCCACUGAAUUUCCAGAAUAACGUGAAACAAUAUACAAUAAAGCUCAAUCCAGAUUUAUCUAAAGACUACUCAUGUUGUAGAGUAUAUGAUGAGAAUAAUGAAAUCUUGGAAAAUGAAGAUACUACUGCAAAUUCCACCGAGCAAGAAGAAAAACCUUUAUCUUGGUAUCAAUUUGAUAAUAGGUUAGAAGGAUACAGCAAUUUAUAUAUUGAGGGAAUAGGAGUGAGUGAUCUGUGGUAGUAUUCUUAGUUAGAAAAUUUAUUUUAUAAUUCUUCAGAUCUAAAGUGAAAUUGACUCAGAUUUAUUCGCAAAUAAUUUUAUACUGUCAAUUUAUUAUAUAUUUUUAUUCAUUAUUGUAUAAUAAUUAUGAAAUGUACUCAUAUUCUAUAUACAUAAUUGAAAAAUUUA